UUUUGUACAAACUAUCUAAACUUCAGACUUGAUUACCCAAUGAACCCGAUUUUAAAAAUGUAAAUCUAAAAUGAAACGCAUUGUAACUGUGCCAGAGAACCCUCCAAUGUAAACGUUGGGUAUGUUGCGUUUCAAUCGUGCACAUUACACAGCGUUCUUUUUCCUGCCUAAUUGGCCCCUUGUGGGUGUAGUCUGCAUGCUUUUAGCCAGCUGGGGAGAGCAGCUGUCAAUCAAACGUCAUCUUUAUAACUCGCGGCAGGGGCUGCAUCUCUGCGUCUCAGGAUAAAGCAGGGCACGGGCAAGAGCUCCGCUCUAAACUCCUGACUGCCUGCUCUGAACUCCUCUGCUGUGAUCUUCUCAACCAAAACCCGUUUACGUCUUCAGAUUACCUAAUUUUUCGAAGUUUUUUUCCUCUCAGUUAUUUUCUUUCAGUUCUUCUGGCUGUCUCUUGAGUUGUCAGAUUCAUUUACUUUUAGUUUUUGUGCCAGGUUAUCUUUGAAAUCGAUGGAUAAGCUAGUUGGAAACAGCACGGCUGUGGAGAACAGCUCCUCCAACAAGUGGCCGUUCAACGGACCCGGCUUGUUCCACCAUCGGGACCCCGGCGAGCUCCGGGUGUUGGUGCCAGCUAUUCUGGGGGUCAUCUGUGUCCUGGGCGUGGCCUGCAAUCUCACCGCAAUGGUCAUCCUGUUCUCGAACGCUCACAGGGGCAAGCUGUCCCUCAUCAACUCGCUCAUCUUCAACCUGAUGUUCGCCGACCUGCUGGUGCUGAUGUUCGCCGUCCCUUUCAGGGCCGUCUCCUACUCCAGGUCCAGCUGGAGCCUGGGCUGGACGGUGUGCAAGACGGCCGACUGGUUCCUCCAGUCCUGCAUGGUGGCCAAGAGCCUGACGGUGGCUUUCAUGGCCAAAGCCUGCAGCCAGUACGUGUCGAACCCCACCCGGCAGGUGAGCAUCCACCUGGGCUCCAUCCUGGUGGUGCUCCUCUUCAUCUGGCUGUCCGCCUGCUCGGUCACCAUCCCCCUGUGGCUGUUUGCCGAGCUGCGCAGGGACGUCCGCCGGCUCGCGUGCGUGCUGAUGCUUCCUCCAGAAGCCAGGGACUUCAUGUCCGUGUACGUCAAAGCAUACCCUCUGGGGGUCUACUGCGCACCGCUCGGCUUCGCCCUCAUGUACUUUUGGAAGGCGUAUGGCCACUGCCAGCGUCGCUCCACCAAGUCUCAGAACCUGCGCACGCAGAUCCGAUCCCGCAGGCUCACCUUGAUGCUUUUCUGCCUCACCCUGGCCAUGGCUGUCCUGUGGCUUCCCCAGUGGGUGGUGUGGCUUUGGGAGCGCCACCUCGCAGAGAAAGAAACCCAAGGAGCUCAGCCACUGAGCGCCUCUCCUCCCCUUUUCCUCGCCCUCUCCGCUCAGCUGCUCACCUUCACCCUGUCUUUGGUCAACCCUCUGAUUGUCCUCUUCCUCUCUGAGGAGUUCAGAGAGAGUUACCGGGGGCUGUGGAGGCGCCUCACCCUACGCAAACAGCCGCCGCCGAAGCCAAAGCCCGGACCCCAUAACCCUACCUCUCUCCAGUCCCCCUGUCCCCGACCGGAGACCUCGGGGCAGCUGAGGGAGGAGAAGGGGCUCCCUACCAGCUCCAGCAAGGAGAUCAGCAGCGAGGCUCAGCCUCCGCCGGAGCAAGGCAAACCUAGAGGGGAGAAAGAGGCGGACAGGGCGAGCCUCAAAGACGGGAUCGUCUUGCCCGACGUGGAGCAGUUCUGGCAGGACAGGGAGACCGGACUGCAGACAGAUGAGAACGAUCCAGUGCCGUGGGAGAACCAGACCCAAGAAGCUGAAAAAUAACAAGCUCCUCUCCGGCUGAUUCCCAAACACAGCUCCGCCAACCGCUGCAAUGUAAAUCAUCGAUGUUCUCUCCUCUGUCUGUGCAAUGUUGCUCCAAGGUAAGAACUGCAA